GUGAAAAGAGUAAGGCACGAUGACGUCCAUUAGCAUCAAUCAUAGCCUUUUGUACCAUGCUAUUCUUUAAUUUCCCCGCUUAUCUAUUGAUACAUUUCUAAGUAGAACAACCCUUGAGAUCUAUCCGCUUCAAAUGCCAAGACUUAUUUUAAAGUUGCGAAAAAGACCGCCGGAGAUCAAUGGUAAAUAAAAGCGUUCGCUAAUCAUGUGGGAGUGAUGCUCCUUGUCCCGCUCUUCGGCCUUGACCGGAAUAAAAUGCUGAGCACAAUAAAGAUGAUACUAUAAAAUGCGGCUUUGCUUGAGAACUCUCCAUCCUUUCCCUCAACCCCAUUCACUCCCAAGAUGGUCAGCCCAAAGAUUAGCUUACCGAUGCUUAUAGCUGGUUGCUGUAUAGUCAUCGGAGCAGGUAUUGCUGGUAUCAUCUCACUAUGGAUACCUCUCAAAUCGUUUCCAGCCAAAUACACUGCCAGUCCUUUCCCAAGCGUGGCAUAUGCAUACAACAACAACCAGAAUACGGCACAAUGUUGUGCAUACGAAAAAGAUGUUUACAGACUUGUUUACCUUUGCAAUGGUCGUGGCGACGAUCCAUGUAGUGAAGGUAGAGUUGCAACCAGUACAAGUCCCAUCACCACAUCUACCGCCUUGCCAACAUCUUCACCACCACCACGGUUUUAUCUUUACAGAUAUAGCGGUGACGAUGCUGAUUUUACACCAAGUUCAUAUUACAGUGAACGAUACCCAACCAGCACAGCAGCUCCAUCACCUACAACAGUCACAGUCACAGUAGGAGCAGGCUCAAGUACGAUCACAAGCGUUUCCAAUGCAGCUCCAACUUCACGUUUUGCUUCUGCAACUGGCUAUGCAAGCCGUACAGGUUACUUAGACUCUUAUUCUGCCUCCAAAAGUGCAGUCUCGUCUUAUUUAGAAGGUUAUGUGGUUUCAUCUUCAGCUGUUGCUCCUUUUCAGACAACAUUCAAUAUUCACAUACCAAGACCAGUCUAUCCCGCAAGGAUCUACAUGACAGUCUAUCAAGGUAUCGCAAUCGCUUUCGUCCUUGCGAUGUUGUUGCAACUUAUUAUCAAUUUAGCAAUCGCUUGGCGAACGUUAGAUCCUAGCCGCUCUGUACCGGAAAAUGAUUUAAACGCCGCCGAAGAGGAAAACAAAGCCGAAUCACCACCACCUUACACUGCACAACAAAUUCCAUCAAGGUUCAUAUUUUCAAUUCGAUCAAAUGAAUUUGAAGAAGAGGAAGAAGCACAACGACAAAAAGAAGAAAGUCAAAGUAGAUUAAUGAGAGCUUGUUAUCUCUUAACGCCUGCCUCUCUUGGAGGAUUAUGGUUGUGGCUCAUAAUACCGUUGUGGAUCAUGUCAAUGUGAGUAUUGACCGUUAAGGAAGAAGACAAAGUAUUCAAUUGACCUUUCACCCCUUCUUUUCAGAGCGGCAAUCGGUAUUCAAGGAACCAAUUUCCGUGACCUUCAGUCUUUCCUGAAUGCGGGAGCAUGUGGUAAGGAUACUUAUUUGUAUUCAACUUGGGAAAGGCUUAUCUGCGGUGGAUAUCCUUCUCAGAACCCCUACACCUGUAAGUUGUCAGAGCCUAAUUCGUGUAAACUUAUUUUACUGACCCACGGAUUUUACUCAUCACAGACACA